ACAACCAAACAAAACAAGGUCACAAUAAGCAACUCUCACCCUCCCAACCCCUCAUUCUUUCCUCAAAGCCUUGUUUUUCACUCUUUCACAUUUCUUGUCCAAUCUCCCCUUUUUCUCCCUCUUUCCUCUCUCCCUUCUCAAUUUUGUUUUUGAGAGAGAGAAAAAAGAGAGAGAGAAAUCUCUCCCUCAUCAAUGGAAAUCAGCUCAAGACUUCAUCAUCAUCAUCAUCAUCAUGAAAGAGAGAAUCCAUCACCAAUGAACUCACCAAAAAGCAAUGUAAGCAACUGCAUGAGUAGCAGCAAUUCCAACAGCAAUGGAAUCCAAAUUCCAACACCACCUCUCACUCCAAAAACAAUCCCCAGAUCUGAUUCAAAUCCUUAUCCAACAACCUUUGUUCAAGCUGACACAACCACUUUCAAACAAGUAGUUCAAAUGUUAACUGGUUCGUCAGAAACAACCUCAACAACACCAACAACAACAAAACCAACAACAAAACCAAACCAACAACAAGAUCUACCUCAACAAACAAGAAACUUUAACAUCCCACCAAUCAAAACAGCACCUAAGAAACAAGGUUUCAAAUUAUAUGAAAGAAGAAACAGUCUCAAAAACAGUGUUCUUAUGCUGAACACCCUUAUGCCAAAUUUUUCACAGAAUUCCAAUUUCUCACCAAGGAAACAACAACAAGAAAUUCUCUCUCCAAGCUUGCUUGAUUUUCCUUCACUUGCUCUUAGCCCUGUCACACCAUUGAAUGAUGACCCUUUUGAUAAAUCUUCACCUUCAUUAGGAAACUCAUCAGAGGAAGACAAAGCAAUUGCUGAAAGGGGUUACUAUUUGCACCCCUCUCCUAUUACUACACCAAGAGAUGCAGAGCCACAGCUUCUUCCUUUGUUUCCUCUUUCUUCACCUAGAGUUUCACAAUCAAAUUCUUGAAGAGGAAAUAAUUGAUUGUUGUGUAAAAGAUUGAAACUUGCUAUGUGGGUCAUUUAGAUUGAGAAUUGAGAAUUUUACUACAUGGGUUUUGAAACAAGGUACAAUACAUAGCUUGGUUUCAUUUGUAAUAGUGGAUUUCUUCUUAGUCUUAACCAUGAAAUGGUCAAGAUCCUUUUUCUCUUCUUUAAUUAUCUUAUGUUUUGUCUUUAAUCUAUAAUUAUUUGCUAUCAUUUUCAUUUCCAUAAAUGAAAGAAGAAGAAAAAAGUCACUUUGUCUAAUGAAUUUUGUUUUAUUUUCCUUAUUCA